AUGGCUGCCAAUAACGAUGUUAAUGGUGGUCUAAAAAAUCAUUUCAUCGCUUUCCUGGGCGAAUUCGUCGGAACAUUUCUCUUCCUCUUUUUCGCUUAUGGCGGAACGCAAACUGCCAAUCAGACAUCUCAAAGAAACCCAUCGAUAGUUGCAAGUCCUGAUAUAAAUCAAUUGCUUUACAUUGCUUUGAUUUUCGGCUUCAGUCUCACCGUCAACGUCUGGAUCUUCUUUCGUGUUAGUGGAGGACUUUUUAACCCGGCUGUCACAUUAGCUCUUUGCCUUGUAGGUGUGGUGGGUCCUGUCAGAUCUAUUUUCAUAUUCAUAGCCCAGGUUCUUGCCUCUAUCACUGCUGCCGCCGCGGUUCGAGGCCUUCUUCCAGGAGACGCUGUACUCUUUAGUUGUGCACUGGCCUCCGGUACUUCCAUUGCCCAAGGACUCUUCCUUGAGAUGUUCUUCACUAUCGAGCUAGUGUUUACCAUUCUCAUGUUAGCAGCCGAGAAAACUAAAGUCACCUUCGUGGCACCUGUGGGGAUAGGACUCUCGCUCUUUGUUGCGGAGUUGAUGGGCGUUGCUUGGACAGGUGGUGCUUUGAAUCCAGCUAGAGCAUUUGGCGCAGAGGUUAUCGGAGGAUUUAGGGGUUAUCAUUGGAUUUACUGGUUAGGACCUUUCAUGGGGGCGGUUCUCGCAGCGGGCUUCUACAAGGCAAUCAAAUUUCUCAACUAUGAACAGGUAAACGGUGAACAAGAUCUUUCCGCUGAAGAGAUACAAAUUAGAGAUGAAAAGAAAGCUCGAAAGAAGGAAGAAAGGCGAAGAAAACAAAAUUUUGCACAUAUUUUUCAACACGGGAGAAUGCAUCAACAUCAUGCAAAUACCAGAAACGGAGGAGUAAAUGCUGCAGAUGAUGGAAGACCCAAUUCAGCACCUUCUUACACAGGGCCUCCGGCUGAGAACCACGCAUGGCCGCAUUCAGCAAGUACCAUCAGGGAGAAUGGAGAUUUUUCGAGGUUUGCGGAGGUGGGAAGUCAGGAUGGUAUUGUGAUUACACGAGAGCAACCGGCAGAACAGUAUAGGCUAAGCGGAGAGAGAUACGUUCAGGAUGCUAAUGCUCAGAAUAGAGCCAAAACACCUUGAAACGGAUGUUGGUUAGAUGGGAAAGCUACGCAGUUGGAGAGUUCGUAUGGAACUUGUUGUCGAUAAUCUCUCCAAUUGUCGAAUUACGCAUAUGUACGAUAUACUGGCAUUGCAUUUGCCUAGCAUAGGCGCAAGCAUGGGGAAACAGAACACGCACGCACACACACACAGUACAGAAAUGGGAAACAGCAAGGCAGAUCUUGGGCAUCUGCACUUUCGCAUGACUAGAUGGCGUAUAGCCGGAAGCAUUCAAGCAUUCAAGCAUAGAUUUAAAGAAAAAAAUAUUGUUUAG